AUGGUGCAUGAUGCUGGCACUUGUAGUCAAGCCAAAGAUGACACAGAGACAAAUAUAGUUCAGUCGGGUGUCAGUGAAUCAGUGAAAAGAGAGGAAAGUCCAAAGAGCCAAACAAUCAACGUAGAAGAAAGCUUUGUGGAGCAUCUCAUGAGCCUCAACGAGGAGUACAGAGAGCAGUUGGAGGCCACGAGAAAGGAACUACGGAUGGAAAGAGAAAGUAAAGCUCAGAUUGUGAAGGAUCUGGAACACUACCGGGUCGAAUACAAGAACUUCAAACUCAGCUGGACCAUGGACCAGGCUGAGAUCACCGACCUCAAGGCUCGAGUCCAGACACUGGACACCUUCCAGAGGCAGAUGAAGCGGAUGAACGAUACAAUUACUCGCCUUGAGAGAGAAAAUAACACGCUCAAGGCCCGCUACUUAGAUACUGAUGGACAGACGCCUGUAUUUGAGGAGACUAGAGCGGCAAUGGCCCCAAAGAUGCCAUCUCCUCCUGCUGAAGGCCACGCACGAAGACGGCCGUACACAGGCAAAGCAAGAGAUGUGAAGACGCCAGUACUGCCGCCAAUCACAGACAACAACAACGUCGUCAUGUCUUCGAAACAGACAGCGUCCUCUGAUAAAAGGGAGCUAACUCUCCAACACAUCUGCCGUCCCUGGGGAACAUCUGCCCCACCCCACCAUCACGUCCACGUGAAGACGCUCCCAGCAGACGUCAAAGCAGGAUUCCUCUCGUGUUCCCGCCAAUCCGCGGAGCAUCGUCUGUGGGCAGUAUCCCAUUCGAUCACCAGCCAAAGCAGGAGAGUGGGCGCACCUCAAGAGCCUCUCAGAACAGCAGGAGCAGGAGGCGCCAUGAAUAGAGCAUUAGAGGAUGGAUGGACAGGAUCACCUCUGUGCCAGCUUCCUCCGUCAUCGUAG